AUGCACCUCACAGCGUUCUCUGAAACCGUGUGUAACACCAAGUCGGCCCUACCUAUCAAUCAAGAUCAAGUCGGCCCUACAGAUGGAUCAUGCCAAGACGUCCAAAAAGAGGCGCAUAUCGAAGCUUCGAUUCGCGAUUGGUCCCUUCGACAAGACGCCACUACGGGUAAAAUGACAGCCGCGGGCACGUUACCUCGUUACGGGCGUGGUCGUGACUCUCACGCCCAGACUGAGGCUGAAAGCUAUAGUGACAUCGGCAGUACCCGUGAAACAGGCACUAACAAGUCACGAGAUCGUUUCCGGCGACUCACCCCUCUAUCUCGUUCCCUCAGGUUGUACAACCGAAUACCUUGA